UACGUGAAACGGCCUCCCCUAUUUUGUCAACCAAAAGGCGCGCUUUCCGCCGAUAUGUACGGACUGGGUUGGAUCUCUUCACUUUAUAGUUAUUGUCCCAAUAUUUCGGGUUCUCAAAAGAUAAUCGUGAUAGAAAAGAGUCUACCAUUGCCAAACAUGUAUAUUUAUAGGAUAGCGGGAGUUAGUGGAGCCCUUGCUGUUUCCUUAUGUGCCUAUGGGUCGCAUGGUCUGGGUUCGAAUUACGAUGCAAAAGAUAAAAAAAUAUUUAAAACUGGGACUCGGUUCCAUAUGUUGCACACCCUUGCUAUUCUUGGAUGUCCAUGUAGUCGCAGACCUUUGCUGUCUACUGGAUUUUUCAUCGUUGGUAUUUUGCUCUUCAGUGGAGCUUGCUAUGUCAAGGCACUAAGCAAAAAUGACUUGGUCGGAAAGAUAAUUCCUGUCGGAGGGACAAUCCUCAUUUUUGCCUGGCUUUCUCUUUUAAUAUAG